AUGAAUUCUCAAGCUCUUCUUUCAAGUUUGAAAGAGUCCCUUCAGUAUUCUUCUAUCGUAAGCCAGGAAUUCUUGCCAGUUAGCAGUUUGAAUGAUGUCAUCACCAAGGAGAAAGUUCAGAAUGAGCUCCCCACAAACCUCAUGAAUAGGCUGUUUUCCGAUAGCCUCCCAAGCAAAAUCUCGAUGAACGCAAGACGAAUCUUUGCAAUUCUUGUCAUGAUCGGAGAGCCUCAGGCAAUUCGAAAGCUAGUCGAUGAUGGUCUUACCGACGAAGAUUUACCCCUUGCUAGGCCAACUCAUGACAAGUACAGCGGUACUUUGGAAUCCAAGGGAAGACUGGAAGUCAAGUCGUUUAAACACUGGAAAAAUGAAGCUAAGGUGGAUAUGUUUCUGGAAAAGCAGUGGCUCUUCCUCGCCCCAAAACUAGAUGUCACAGGGACAUCAACAGUCUUUCAAGUGGAUUCAAAAUGUCCGCUGCCAUUCUUAAGAGCAACCGAACUUCGGGGUGAACACAGCAAUGUUGUCUACAAGAGCGAGCUACAUGCGGCUCACCAAACCGGUUCUGGGGCGCAAGACACGGACAUGGUGGUUGCAGUCAAGAUAUUUCGCAACUCUGAGGGCUCGACCUUGUUCGAUCAGGAAAAGAAGAACCUCCUGAAGACGCAAGGUAUCAACGACAAACAUCUCAUACGAUACUUAUUCUUCUGCCAGAGAGACCAGUCUUACUUCAUAGCCUUCCCAUGGGCAGAAGGAGGGAACCUCCAAGAGUUCUGGAUGUCACAUAUCUCAAACCAGGAGUACAUGUUGUGGUCUUUGCAGCAGAUGCUUGGAAUAAGUGGCGCCCUCCGGAAGCUGCAUGACAUCAAUUUCCGUCAUGGUGAUCUCAAGCCCGGAAAUAUCCUCCACUUCUCUAAUGGCGGGCUGGGUAAUCUUGUCAUUGCAGAUGUCGGGAUUUCCAAGGUUCACAAAGCUGCGACAUAUAUGAGAUCCAUGAGUACCCUCACCAGAGCUACUACACCUUCGUACGAGCCACCAGAAGCCAUCCUGAAGACAAAUAAGCCUAGGCCUCGCAGAUACGACAUUUGGUCAAUGGCAUGCAUAUAUCUCGAAUUUGUCAUCUGGAUGGUCUACGGGGUCAAUGCCAUCAACAGCUUCGCCGAAUCCAGGGAAGAAGGGACGCCACUUCAGAGAACUUCCAACUUUUACGCGCUUCGGGGAAACGUUGCGGUGAUUCAUCCCUCGGUAAUCGAAGCAUUUGCAGCUCUGCGAAAGGAUCCCCGUUGUGGAGGUGGCACAGCGCUAGGAGCCCUGGUCAAUCUAAUCACCCGGCACUUGCUCUUGAUUCAAGUGGAAGAUCGCGUCACCGCAGACACUAUGUACAAAAAGCUUGAAGAAAUUGUCCACCGCGCAACCAAGGACCCCUCUUUCAUAAUGAACCAAGCAAUAUCUUCUCAAGAAACUCCAGCUAUAUUUGGGCGGCCAGUUGAGAUUCCUCCGGGACUGAGAACUGCCACCAGCUGGUAG